CUACAUCACAAUCAGAAGGGUCUUCUUCUUCUUCUUCUUCCUUUGUCUGUCUCAUGUCAAUAUUUUUGGGAAACACCGCUUCAAGACCAUUAGACUUUAAUGCAGCAACGAAUGCUACAUCUGGUCAAGCACAAAACGUAUCUAUGGACUCGUCCACUUCACCAACAUUUGGAAAGAAAUAUGACUUUAAUAGUGUUGCCAAUGAACCUUUGGUGUGGUCAAGGGAUGUCAAUGUCUCAGACUCCUCCAUACUUGGAUAUCCAAGAGCUCCUGCAUUUGGUGUUUCAAGCAACUCACACUUUGGCACCCCAAGACUUGAUUCAUACUCCUUUGGCCAACCAACAGUAUCUAUGUCAGGGAGCAAAGUGUUCAAUCUUGAUCAAAUUUGCAAACCAGGAAAAGAAAGUACACCACCUUUUUUCAAGAGCUAUGGUUUUGGGAAGUCAGCAUUUGGCAUUAAUCGGAAAGGAAGUAGAAUAGCAUCAUAUAUUGCAACUCCAGAGAACAAUAUCACAGGACCCAGUGGUGAAAAAAUUCAAUCCAUUUGUGGAAUGCAGACUUAUAAAGAUAAAAGCCAGGAGGAGUUAAGGUUUGAGGACUACCAGUUAGGUGAUAAAGGAACGUUAGCCUUUAAUGCAGCAAUGAAUGCUACAUCUGGUCAAACACAAAUCAUAUUUCCGGGAUCAUCCACUUCACAAACAUUUGGAAAGAAAUAUGACGUUAACAGCGUGGCCAAUGAACCUCUGUUUUGGUCCAGAGAUGCCAAUGCCUCAGGCUUCUCCGCAUUUGGAUCUUUACAAGCUACUUCAUUUGGUGUUUCAAGCAACUCACACUUUGGCACCCCAAGUUUUAAUUCCUAUUCCUUUGGCCAACCAGCAAUAUCCAUGUCAGGGAUCAAAGGAAAAGAAAGUACAACACCUUUGCUCCGGAGCUCUGGUUUUGGAAAGUCCGCAUUUGGUAUUAACCAGAAAGGAAGUAGAACAACAUCAUACAUUGCAACUCCAGAUAUAGAUAGCACAUGUCUCGAUGGUGGAGGAAUUCAAUCCAUUUGUGGAAUGCAGACUUAUCAAGAUAAAAGUCAGGAGGAGUUGAGGUUUGAGGACUACCAGUUAGGUGAUAAAGGUCAGGAAUGUGGUUCUUCAUUUAGUGUUUCCAGCGCACAGGGAUUUGGUCUCAUCAACAACAUGAGGCCUUUCAUAUCACCAGUGUUAAACCAAUCAACUGUUGAUCAACCUUUUUAUUCCCAUUUUCCAAGAACAUUUGCAGUGGAAAGAUCAGGGGUUGACUCUCUAUCAAAAAAUGCUACCUCAUUUACGAAGGCACAACAGUCCAUUUCCCAUAUAUUUCCCCCAAACCCAUCAUUGUUGAACUCUUGUGGCACUAGAAAUAGAGUGGAAUCUACUGCCUCAGAUGUUUCUUUUUCUCCGUGGAACAAUUCAAAUCAGUUUGCACCUUUUAAACCAGCUUCCAGUUCUUCCACUGCCUCCACCUUUUCUCCAUUAAGGAACCCAUUGUCUUUAUCAACAUCUGCCCCUCUAUCUCCAUGUUCAGUCUCACCUUCCACAUAUCCUUGGUUAACUAAGCCAUCAGGCCCUGAUUUUGAUCAGAAGAACUCUUUUUCUCCCACUCCUGUUUUAACUACAGGAGGCGCUUCACAAUCCACAUUAUGCUUGAACUGCCUAAAGCAGUCACAGCCUACUCCAGCAGGACUUUCUAAUGUUUCAAGCACUCCACUUGCUGCGAAUCAAAAUACUCCUCUGUUCUUUGGUCCUCUGCAGCCAGAAAUGACUCCUAAACUUGGAGCAACACUCCCAACAACCAACGCUUCUCACCCAACAACAGGUGCUAGUUGCUCAGAAAUUGGACAAGGAGUUGGUCAGCAGCCAAGUAUGAAUGGCCAACAGUCUUACUUUCCGAUAAUCAUGGAAGUCAAGCCAUCACCAAAUAUGCCUCCUGCUGAAACACAACCCUCAGUCCAAAUCUCAGUUGAGCACCCGUAUUUGGAAACUUCCAUCCAGUAUGGAAUUUCUAGUUUACCUGUUUCUAACAACCCUGCUCCGGUCAGACGAAGAUCUUCUUUGAUAAUUCGACAUUCAUCUCUAAGUCACCAUAAGUUGCCACCUCAGAAAUACAAACCUACAAGUGAUAAACCAAAGGUACCCUUUUUCAUGGAUAAAGAAAACGCUUCUGGUGUACUAAGGACAGAAGUCAUCAUCAUUCCAAGGGAAAACCCAAGGGACUGGGUUCGUCCUACCGCAGAAUCUCCACAAGGGGCUGAUUCAUCUAUGGACAGGAUGCAUGAUGGAGACAAAAUUGUUCAUAAUCCCAAGUUAGAGCCUGAAGAGACACAUCAUGAUAAUUGUGGCGAUGAUAAGGAUGUGGAUGGCAUAAUGCCAAAGCUUCAACGUGCUGAUUACUACACAGUUCCUCCUAUAGAGGAGUUGCUAUCAAAGGAGAAGGAAGAAGCUGGUUUUUGUUGCCACGUGAAGGACUUUGUGGUAGGAAGACAUGGGUAUGGAAGCAUCAAGUUCUUGGGAGAAACAGAUAUCUGGAAGCUUGAUCUUGAUUCUGCUGUUCAUUUCAACCAUCGCGAGGUGAUCAUCUAUAUGGAUGAGAGCAAGAAACCUCCAGUUGGACAAGGCCUCAACAAACCAGCUGAGAUAACUCUCCUUAAUGUCAGAUGCAUCAACAAAUCGACUGGGAAGGAGUACAGAGAUGGACCAAUGGUCAACAAGUACAAAGAUAUGCUUAUUAAGAAAGCAGUAGAACAAGAUGCAGAAUUUGUUUCUUAUGAUCCAGUGGAAGGGCAGUGGAAAUUUAGGGUAUCACACUUCUAAUUGAUUUUGUGGCAUAACCAAAUGUUUGAAUUUUAAGAUGUCCUCCAACUGAUAUUUUUAGAAUUAGCUCACUUUGAUUUUGUCCCACUCUUUUACGCACUUUUGUUCCCAGUGUGCCAAGUUGUUAUCACUGGAUUUCAUUCAAAGUUUACUCAUUUUGUGUGUAUC